AUGAUAUCCAUCCGCCAGCUUGAGGCUGGUGGCACACUUCUUCUCGAUGGGUUAUCGACAUUCACUGCUACUGAACUCACAACGUACAACGACUUCGUCGCUCUCACCAUCAUCAUAAAAGCUCUCACUCUCAAACGAGUAGAUCUCAAGAAACGGCUCAUUACCGCACCAGAAGUUAUCUCCGUUUUGUCCAAAAUUCCGAUCCUUGGAGACCUCUUAAACAGCCUUUACGAUUGUUACUACGCAAAAUUCUUCGUCGCACUCGAUGCACCCCCCGUCCUCGUGACUCCUCUCGCCUCAUACCUGCUACUAUGUAUGAGAGAUGCGCAUCUGGCAUACAGCCAACUUCUGGAGUCCUACCGCAGCCUUACUCUUGAAAGUCUUAGUGGUGCAUUCGGCGUCGGCGUCUAG